GCGCGUCUACCUUCUAGGACUGGGUGCUGCGCCGCGUCUUCCCGCGAGAGACCGGAGACGAGAAGCCGGCGUCUGUGGAGCGGGUAUUCAGGGUAGGAGGAAGUAGCUUUUAGGUACGGCUGCACUGCAGGAAUGGCAGAGUUUGGGAUCUCCCCUGGCCAGCUUGUGGCAGUGUUCUGGGACAAGUCAUCUCCUGAGGAGGCCCUAAAAAAACUGGUGGAUAAUCUUCAAGGGUUAACUGGCAGCGAGGGCCAAGUGUUCACGGAGAACCUCAGCCAGCUGCUGCAGUCUGCCCAUAAAGAAUCCAGCUUUGACGUUAUUCUGUCGGGUGUAGUCCCAGGAAGCACCUCUGUGCACAGUGCUGAGGUUCUGGCUGAGAUGGCCCGAAUCCUUCGGCCAGGAGGAUGCCUCUUUCUGAAAGAACCAGUGGAGAUAACUGUAGUUAACAAUGACAAAAUGAAGACGGCCUCUAAGCUGUGUUCUGCCCUGACUCUUUCUGGCCUUGUGGAAGUUAAAGAGUUGCAACGGGAGUCCUUAAGCUCGGAGGAGGUGCAGUCUGUCCAGGAACACCUGGGCUACCACAGUGACAGCCUGCUCGUAGUUCAUAUCACUGGCAAGAAGCCAAACUUUGAAGUGGGCUCUUCCAGCCAGCUUAAGCUUUUAACCAACAAGAAGACUUCUUCAGUGAAGCCCGUUGUGGAUCCUGCUGCUGCCAAGCUCUGGACUCUCUCAGCCAACGACAUGGAGGAUGACAUGGAUCUCAUUGACUCAGAUGAACUGCUAGAUCCAGAAGAUUUAAAGAAGCCCGAUCCAGCCUCCCUGAAGGCCCCUUCAUGUGGGGAAGGGAAAAAGAGGAAGGCCUGUAAGAACUGCACCUGUGGCCUUGCAGAAGAACUGGAAAGAGAGAAGUCAAAGGAGCAGGGCACUCAGCCCAAGUCAGCCUGUGGAAAUUGCUACCUGGGAGACGCUUUUCGAUGCGCCAACUGCCCCUACCUUGGGAUGCCAGCCUUCAAGCCUGGAGAACAGGUGCUCCUGAACAACAGCAAUCUCCAGGAUGCCUAGGAGGAACCUCAGGCACACACCCCCUCCUCCAGCCAACUCCUAACCCUCAGCCCCACCACUGCCUCCUCCCACUCUGAGAACAUCCGCAGGGAGAGGCUUGUAGCAGAGUGAAGCCACGGUGGUGCGGUGCUGUGCGGUGCUGCUAUGUCUUGAAGACCAAGGUGUGAGGGACCUGCCUCUUGAUAGUGUUAGAAGAAGGUGCACCCUAAGGAACUCCGCUCCUGGUGGGACCGUGCUGACCUCUCCACCCUUGAAGCUAGACCCUUGAGUAUUUAUGCUGUAGAAGCGCCAGGCUCUUCUCGGUGAUGCUGCCACCUACUGAUCUUCAGUGUGCAAUUCUUGGAGCCAUGGGUCAGCUGUCAGAGGGCCUCAGGGGCACCAAAGAAGUCACUCCCCAGUUGCUGUGAUCCAUCUGUGUCCCUCUGCCCUUCCCUCACCCCAUUUUGCUGUAGUGUUGUAUCUGUGUCCUGAUGUCAUCUCUGUUAAGCAAUAGACAGUAAACUUCUGUGUUUCUACGUGUCCCUUGUGAUGUGUGUAUAUGUGUGGGGUCUGCCACAGUCAUCCACAUUCAACUUGGACUAUGGAAGUCACACGGGAGUGGGGCCAGAGCUGCCUUUAUAGAGUAGGGCCUGUCUCCAUCUCCUGUAGGAGAGUCCAGGUUGAGAAGGGCAGGAGAAGCAGGCCAGGCCAGCAGCAGUAAAUGUCAGAACGGGGGCCCCUUUAUUCUCCCUGCUGCCCAUCCACACACCUAUAAUCCAUCGUGCCUGGUCAUUUCUGUUUUAAAUAAAAAUACCACUGUUAACCUGUCCUUGAAACUUAAUUCUCCUAGCUUGUUUCUGCUGCUUAAGAAGCAGAAUCUCCAUUGGCCCAAGCGACCCUUGCCUUGUGUUGCCUCUCCUCCAAUUACAGCAAGACCCGGAUGACAUUGGAGUUUCUCUUCUGAUAGGAGAAGCUCCAAUAAAGUGAAAGGCUUUGUAGGUAGACUCACAGUCCCUGCCGCUCUUACUGUUAGUUAUAAGGGAGAUUAUCCUGAGUGAGCAUGGCCAGGCUAUUGAUCCUUUAAAAGGUCUAGAAAACAAAGUGUUUGUCUUACUGCCCAUGCAGAAGCUGGCUGUGAAGGGGAUUUGUUUUGAAUUUUAUUUUUUUAUGUACACUGGCAUGAAUGUUUCAGAUCCCCUGGAACUAGAGUUACAGUUAUGAGCUGUCACGUGGGUGCUGGGAAUUAAACCCGGGUCCUCUGGAAGAGCAGCCAGUGCUCCUAACUGCUGAGCCAUCUUUCUACCCCUAGUUGUGAAAUUUUGAGAAGUAAACAGCAUGCCCCAAUGUACAGCUCCCAAGAAAAUGGGGGCUGCAUCCCUACAACUACAAGGAGCUAGGUUCUGCCAGCACUGUGUCAUCUUGGAAGAGGACUUAAAGGGUUUCUAAUGAGAGCACAGCCUGCGCCUGAGGUAAGGCCUGGAUCCGUGGAUAGAGCACUUGCUAUGCACAGGGCCUUGGUUUUGAUUCCCAGUACCAAAACCAAAAGCUUUUCUCUGGCCAGAGCCAAUGACUGAGAUAAUAAGUGGGUAUGUGGCUGACUGGUUUGUCACCCAGCAACGAAAACUGACAGCCACAGACUGUUGAUUGCUUCUGCAGUUGCCAAGGUGAGGGACAAACAUUUUUUGGCCUCUGGGUCGAGGAGGAGCUCCUGGGCCAGAGCUUCCUUGUGAGCUUAGUAAAUGCCACAAGCCCUUGAGACCUGCUUGCUGAUUUCCAGCGACAGCUGACAGGACAACGGUGCCGGUGCCGUUGACAGGCCCCGGUGGCAGUCCUGCGAUGGCAGAGAGUGCCCCUGCCCAGAUCACGGCUGGACACUGAGGGCUGGUGGAGCACAGUUUGUCGCUGAGCAGAGUCUUGAUUCUGUGAUGCCUGCCUAAGGGGAAGUUUAGCCGUUUGUAAGCUUAGGGUAGAGAAUCCAGAAACUGUCAGCUGUCACUGAAUUCAACCUGAGUUUCCGUGAAUGCAGGUGUGGGCCUGGGAGCCUUUGUAAUGAUUUGUUUGUGUGUGUGAGGGCAUACAAGCCAUGCUGCACACAUGGGGGUCGGAGGGGCUGGUUCUUCCAUCAUGUGGGUCCCAGGAAUCAAGUUCAGGGCUUCAGGCUUGGCAGCCAUAAUCUUUACCCACUGAACUAUUUCACUGGCCCUUGUUUUCUUUUGAGACUGGGUUACUGUAGGCCAAGCUGUCCUCCAUCUCCCUCCCUCUCCUCUUCCCCUUGUCUGAAACAAGGUCUGGCUACCCUAGCCUGGAACUCACAGUGAUCCUCCUCAGCCUCCCAAAUAUUAGCAUUGCAAGAAUUGUGCCAUAAUGCCAAACCUGGUCUUAAAAUUUGUUUUUUUCCAUUUUUUGUGUAUAUGUCUAUGUACCAGAUUUGUUUAGUGCCCAUGGACACCAGAAGAGGGUAUCAGAUCCCAGGGACUGGAUUUAGAGCUGUGAGCCACUGUAUGUGCUGAGAAUCAAACCUGGUCCUCUGCAAAAGCAGCUAAGUUCUUUUUUGUUUUUUGUUUUGUUUUGUUUUGUUUUUGUUUGUUUGUUUUUUAAGAUAGGGUUUUUUCUGUGUUGCUUUGGAGCCUGUCUUGGAACUCACUCUGUAUUCCAGGCUGGCCUUGAAAUCACAGAUCCGCCUGUCUCUGCCUCCCAAGUGCUGCAA